AUGCCAAAUCCUUCACAGCUCUUCCUCCUUGCUGAUCACAUCAAGCUCUCACUCCUAGAACGCGAGCGGGCCAUCUCGCUGAGUCUAGAACCUAACAGCCAGGAUGGUGAGAUAUCCCGUUCCCUCGAGUCCCUGCGAGAAGGCAUCGAGGGUGUCGAAGCGAACGUUAAGCGACUAGAAGAAUCAAAUGAUGAAGAGGCUGCCGAUAUAAAAGAUCAGCUCAUGCAUCUCCGGUCGCAGUACAGCGAUUUAUCGUCGCAAUUCCGCGGUCCCACCAGUUCAUCCGCCGAGGGCGAAAGCAAUGAUCGGUCAGAUUCAGCAUCGCCGCAAUUUACAAACGUCAAGGGCCGCUCGCCGGAUUUGAAGCAGCCUGUUCCGCAGCAUCCGUCAUCUAAAUCUGUUCGCUUCAUGGACGACUCCGUCGCUGCCGAGGAGGAUCUCAACCGUCGCACCCUGUUCCAGCCGUACCGAGACUCACCGUCGCCCGAAGGCGUGGAUACGUCUGAUAUGUCGAAUCAACAUAUUUACGACCAUCAUGAGCGGGUAAUGCGGGAGCAGGACGAGCAGCUCGAUCGAUUGGGCGAGUCGAUCGGGAGACAGCAUCAGCUGAGUAUUCAAAUUGGAGACGAGCUCGACGGCCAUGUGGCGCUGCUGGACGAGAUGGAUGGCACUGUUGACCGGCAUCAGAGCAGAUUGGAUAACGCCCGUCGGCGCAUCGACAAGAUCCGCAGGAGUGCUGGAGAGAAUUGGAGCAUGAUGACGAUCAUCGGAUUGAUUAUCAUCCUUGUUAUCUUGAUCGUCCUGUUAAAAUGAGUCGUCUUACAACUGCUACACCCUCUUGUCAUAUUCAGUUAUUCUAUCUAGCCGGCGCGGUGGCGUAGUUUCUUUCAUAUCUUGGGUUAGAGUCACGCUAACACUCUUUGGACGGUGGGACGGCGUUGAGGUACCAACUUUGCGGCAUUCGCUUUAUAUAUAUCCGUCUUUAGUUUUACAAUUCUGCUAAGCGUAUCUUUGAG